AUGUGGAAGCCGUCAUGUUGGAUGCAUCUGCGCUCGGGACCCUUCGCACUAGUGGAAGAGGACUUGGGUUUCGCCACUUGCCUAAUUUGGAACGUGCUGGUUUUCACCUUGAAGCUCAUCGGCUACACCUCCUCUAUCAGCUCCGCCCCAUCAUCUUCCGUCGACUUCCUCCGUUUCCCCGAAAAGCAUCAUACCCGCUUUCUCGCUUUUCCCUCAGGCCUCAGCGGUACUUGCCUCCAAUUCCCAUCGAAAUCGAGACCUUCGAAUACGAGACAUAUGCCCUCCAUUUCCCCGCCAUAUUCCACUCCUUUACGGCUUUAACAUCGCCUUUACCUGCCAUCUUAUCGCGGUCGAGGCAGACAUGGUCGACUUCGGGUCGGAGGCCAGCGUGGCAAAGUGGCUGCGGCUCGUUCUCAUUCGAUGGGAACCUAUUACUAUUUGCGGGUUUUCAUUCCUAUUAUCAUUGUCUUUCCACCCACUCUCCGCAUUCCCGGAUGAAAAACGUUGCAUACUAUAUUUUUAUCCUUUCGUACUUCACCAUGCAUAUGUUUUGCUUGUACCUUUUCUUUACUCUUCUUAGACAACUCUUACUUAUCACUUAUGUAUAUUGCAUAGUCCUUUUCUUCCCCAUCUUCCCCAGACAUCAUUAUCCGAUACGACCUGCAGAUGUUACUUACAGC